CCUUUUUUGGAAAGGCCCCGGGAACCGGAAUUCCUCCCGGCUGGCUGCGGGGAGGCCGGCGAGCGCAGGCUGCCCGGCCCAUCUUCCCCGCCUCCAGGUCGGGCGAGGGGGGGGCGCCGAGCCCACCCUCCCCCACGCUGCCCGCGGGCCGCCCCCCCCCUAGCCCUCCGAGCCCUCCCGGGCCCCGCAGCGGCCGGUGGAGCCGGGGACGCCCGGGAGAGCGAGCGGAGCCCGUAUGCAAAUGAGCCAUGUGACUGCAAAGCCUCCUUGCCCGGCCCUGUUCCUCAGUCCAUAUAUGGGCAGCGACGUCACGGGUAUUCAAGGCCUGCCCAUAAAUACUUAGAGCCACACUUUCCGUCUAACUGAGCGAGCUGCAGUUGAUUAAUAGCUCGGCAAGGGGACCCACUGACUGUUACAACCACACCACACCGGCACCUCCCGGGCUCAGCGGCGGGGCCGCAGGCAGGCAGGCAGCCAGGGCGGGCAGGACAGCGGGGGCCGGCACCUAUUUUUUUCACUUGGAGCAGACAGACAGACAGAAACUUGCUGGCCGGUUUUUAUUGGGGCUUUUGCUUUUUUUUUUUUUUUUUUUUUUCCGGAGGGGGUGUUUGAAGAGUAGCAGGGGGGAGAGACCGACGGAGGAUCCCCGGGGCUGCCCCAUCACCAAAACGGCUUCUUUGGCAAUCCAGGUAGCAAGGGAGUUGGGUCUCCAGGUUGUGAGUUGGAGCAAAUGAUGACCGCCAAGACCGUAGACAAAAUCCCAGUAACUCUCAGUGGCUUUGUGCACCAGCUGUCCGACAACAUCUACCCGGUGGAGGACCUCGCCGCCACUGCAGCCACUUCGGUGUCCAUCUUUCCUAAUGCCGAUCUAGGAGGACCCUUUGACCAGAUGAACGGGGUGACGGGAGAUGGCAUGAUCAACAUUGACAUGACUGGAGAGAAGAGGUCCCUGGAUCUGCCCUAUCCCAGCAGCUUCGCUCCGGUCUCCGCCCCUCGCAAUCAGACCUUCACUUACAUGGGCAAGUUCUCCAUCGACCCUCAGUACCCUGGUGCUAGCUGCUACCCAGAGGGCAUCAUCAACAUCGUGAGUGCGGGCAUUCUGCAGGGGGUGACAGCCCCAGCCUCGACCACCACCUCGUCCAGCGCGUCCUCCGCCUCUCCCAACCCCCUGGCGGGGGCGCCUCUGGGUGUGUGCACCAUGUCCCAGACCCAGUCUGACCUGGACCACCUCUACUCGCCUCCCCCUCCCCCUCCUUACACAGGCUGCACAGGAGACCUCUAUCAGGACCCCUCGGCUUUCCUGCCUUCCGCCACCACUUCCACUGCCUCUUCUGCCCUGGCCUAUCCGCCGCCCCCUUCCUAUCCUUCUCCCAAGCCUGCCACAGACCCAGGCCUCUUCCCCAUGAUCCCAGACUACCCGGGCUUCUUCCCGCCUCAGUGCCAGCGGGACUUUCACGGGGCAGGAGGCCCAGACCGAAAGCCUUUCUCCUGCCCCCUGGAUUCUCUGCGGGUCCCACCACCACUCACCCCACUCUCCACCAUCCGUAACUUUACUCUGGGAGGCCCCAGUGCUGGGGCUGCCGGACCCGGGGGCAGCAGCGGCGGUGAGGGUGGUCCCCGGCUCUCCGGGAGCACCGCCGCCGCCGCCUACAACCCCCACCACUUGCCUCUUCGUCCCAUACUUCGCCCGAGAAAGUACCCGAACCGGCCUAGCAAGACACCGGUUCACGAACGACCGUACCCGUGCCCGGCCGAGGGCUGUGACCGGCGCUUCUCCAGGAGCGAUGAACUGACCAGACAUAUCCGAAUCCACACCGGACACAAGCCCUUCCAGUGUCGGAUCUGCAUGCGGAACUUUAGCCGCAGUGACCACCUCACCACCCACAUCCGAACCCACACUGGAGAGAAGCCCUUUGCUUGUGACUACUGUGGCAGAAAGUUUGCCCGCAGUGACGAACGCAAACGCCACACCAAGAUCCAUCUCCGGCAGAAGGAGAGAAAGAGCAGCGCCCCCCCUUCUUCUUCGGGGCCAGGAACCUCUUCCACCUCCUCCUGCCCAGGAGGGACCCAGUCUGGGGGGGUCUUGGGCAGUAGCAGUGGCAGCAGCCUUCUGGGUGGGGGUCCCCUGACCUCUUGUGGUUCUCGGACCCGGACACCCUGAGUAGAGACUCUUGACCUGACCAGCUCCUUGAGGGGCCAUUGGGCCCUUUCCAACCUGAGCUGCACAAACACUACCAUUGGUUCCUCACUUCUCCCUUCAAAACAAUCUGGAAGGGUCUGGGGGGUGGGGAUCCCAUCGCUGCUCCCCUUUUAGCUGAGAAACAGGUCCUUCUUGAAACUGGGCUCAUUUGGGUCUCUCCUUAGAUGGGAUGACUCUGACCAAAAGGUACAAGGGUGGAUCUGAAGGGGUGGGAAGGAGGAUCGGUGGCCUCCGGAAGCUGGGGUUUCCUAUCCUCCUUUCACAAGGGUUGUUGAACUGGAGUUUGGACCCCCUGCCCCCCUCUCUGUUCUCCCCUUUGCUUUGAUGCAUCCGUGAGGGCAUCUUGACUGUGGGCAUCGGAGUUGAUGUGGGACCCCAUUGAAGUAGGUUGGGAGAUGCUGAUGCCUUAGAAAAGUGGGGUCACCCGAAAGACCCAAACUGAUGUGCACUUUAUCUAGCAUGGUGGCUGCUUUGGGGGGGGCUGUAUGGUGAGCCAAACACAGACUCAAAAUCCAGUUCUGGGAGCCUUGAACAGUGAUCAGAGCUCAUCUGGUUUCAGCCCUUUGAGCAAUAUGUAGUAUAAACUAACAGAGAACAGAAGUGCAAUCUGAUGAGAUAGACUGACUUGGCAACUGAUGCUUUUUCAGUAGUUAGUUGGAAAUUGUAAAUGGCUAUUUUUCCAGUGUAUAUUCACUCAGAUAUUAGUGUAUUUUUUUUAUGUGCACUGUUCUCCAAGAUCUCAACUUUUGGGAAAGAAAAAGGAAAACGUUUAUGAUCUAUUGGACCAAGAAUCAGAGGAUAGUUUAUUUAAAAGGGGGGGGGGGGAUGUACAUAUAUUCUCUGAAUUAGGAUGCAUGCGAUUGUGUUGACGUGUCCUCGGUGCCUUGUGUGAUGUAGACAAUGUUGCAGUGUCUGCAUGUAAAUGGGUUGCCUUAUUAAUUACUGAAAAAUCACUCCCUGGUUUUAGUAUAUGCCUGUACAUUUCUGCCUAUUAAUAUUUGGAUUUUUUUUUUUUUUAGAAACUAUAUUUUUGUACGCUGUUUUGUGACUUUAAAGUGUUACUUUUGGAGUAAAAUGUCAAAUACAGAUGUAAAUAACAUUCAAAGAGCUGACUCCUUCGGUUAUAAGCUUCCCUAUAGCUGUGGAGUGAUAAAUUGUUCAUCACCAUAAUACACAACCACUAACUGGAAUUUGGAUAAUGGAUGGUUUGUGAUCCUAGUGUAAAUAAAUACUUUUCAACAAUAGCUUUGCUGCACAAA